GAAAACAUGGCGCCAGCGGGCCUGAGACUGGUGCUUAGCGAGGAGACGGUCCGGGCAAAGAGCGGCCUGGCGCCUCACCACGACCUGGCUGAGCUUCAAUCUUUAUCUAUUCCUGGAACUUACCAAGAGAAGAUUACUCACCUAGGAAAUUCUUUGAUGAAUUUAUCAGGUCUGAAAUCUUUAGAUCUUUCACGCAACUCCUUGGUUAGUCUAGAGGGCAUCCAGUACCUGACUGCGCUGGAAAGUCUCAACCUUUACUACAACUGUAUCUCCUCAUUGGCAGAAGUCUUCCGGCUCCACCCCCUGACUGAACUUGCAGACGUGGACUUCCGCCUGAACCCCGUUGUGAAGAAUGAGUCCGACUACCGCCUGUUCAUCGUGCACAUGCUCCCCAAACUCCGACAGCUGGAUGACCGUCCUGUGAGAGCCAGUGAGAGGAAGGCUUCCCGUCUGCAUUUUGCCUCGGAGGACUCACCUGGCUCAGAGGAGAGCGUCCCUACUGCUUUGACAGUUGGAAGACCUCGCCAUUCCAGAACUACGUGCCCUGAUGCCUUGGCCAGGAAGUGCGCAGUCAUGGACGCAGAGGAUGAGGCAGUCCUGAACCUCAUUGCCGAGUGCGAGUGGGACUUAAGCAAUCCUCCUGGUAGCACAAGCUCGGGCCAGAAGGAGCAUGAGGCCGAUGUGCAGGGCUCCCAAGAAUCCAGGCAUCUACCGAGCCCUCGAUCCAUCCGGCACCAGUGUGGGGACAAUGCUCAGCAGGGCCUGGAGAAGAAGGGCCGCCCCCGAGGUUGCUGUGCUGAAAGGCAGCUCCAGAGACAGCGCUGUGGGGAGCUGCCCCUGUUGUGUGGUGCAGUGCCAGGUGCUCACUGUACUUGUGGGCCACAUACCCACCUUACCCCCCACUCAGACUCAGUGGACAUUGAGGACUCAGCCUCAUCUUCACAGAAAUCAAGUGUGUCCAUACGGAAAGUGCUACACCCUUUGCCUGGCUGUGAAAAGUAUAGGAAGCGAAGAAUGCCUGGUGGGAAGUUCCAGGAGCCCUCAGAUCAGGAACAUCUGCGCUGCCUGGAGACUGAUGGGCUGUCCAGCACCAGGGAGAGUCUUAAUAGACAGAAUGGCUCAGAAGGCAGGAGCGAGAGGACCUUCUCAUCAGGAACAGGAGAGCAGCGGUGUCAGGGCAUGGCCAAUGCCAGGGAGUUAUCUCCCAAAUCGCGCCCUGUCGCUGUGCCUGGGGAGAAGGCUGCCCGGGAUGAGGCGUUCCUGGGGGCGCUCCUAGACCUAGUAGACAAGCACUGGGGUGGCUGCAGAUCACUGCACAAUAACACCGUUUUCCUUGCUCAGGCAAGACACAUUUUGUCAUCUGUGCAAGAGUUUACAGUGGCUCCAGACAGCUCCAGGGCUGUGGGUGGGGAAACCAGCCACCUGGCUGUGGAGAACGAGGCCCUGCACAGCCGCCUGGCGGAGCUGCAGCAGCAGCACAGUGCACAGAUGGGCGCUAUGACAGCGGAGCUCAGCCACACACACAAGGAGAUGGGUGACUUGAGACAACAUUUAGGCAAAUCUUUGGAGGAGAAUAGUAGCUUGAAAUCUCUUUUGUUCAGCAUGAAAAAAGAAGUAAAAAAUGCAGAUGCUUCAGCUACAUUAAGUUUGCAGAUCACUGGACUUCAAACAAGUGUAAAGAGGCUCUCUGGUGAGAUUGUGGAGUUGAAGCAGCAUCUGGAGCACUACGACAAGAUCCAGGAGCUCACUCAGAUGCUGCAGGAAAGCCACAGCUCCCUGGUCGGCACCAACGAGCACCUGCUGCAGGAGCUGAGCCAGGCGCGGGCACAGCACAGGGCAGAGGUGGAGCAGAUGCACUGGAGCUUCCAGGAGCUCAAGAAGACUGUGGCCCUGCGUCCCCACGAUGGUGCUGGCCGUGGCAGCUGCCUGUCCUGA